AUGGAGAGGUUUGGGGGAGACAGGCAUAAAUGUAGGAAGUUUGACGAUAUACUUGAAUAUCUUGGUGAAUUUGGGACAUAUCAGAAACGAUGUUACUAUCUACUUUGCCUCAUGGCCAUCUUACCAGCGAGCCAUGUAUUCGCCCAAGUGUUUUUAGCCGCUGAGACAGACCAUUGGUGCUAUGUUCCAGAGUUGGAUGAAUAUGAAUGUAGUUUAAACAACUCGGUAAUGUUUUGCCAAGAUAUGAUGAAGAACCACAGUAUACCAUUAGAAGAGAGCUCUUAUCAGUGUGACAGUGAUUUGGUUUACAGUAAUUGUGAACGCUAUGAAAACAAGACAUACACCAAUGAUACUAUGAAAUGUAAUCAUGGAUGGAUAUAUGACCGAUCACAGUACAAAUCAUCCAUAUUUCAGGAGUUUGAUUUAGUGUGUGGUCGAUACUACCUGGGAGCACUAUCAUCUUCUGCGUAUAUGGCUGGCUUGUUCAUUGGGGCAGUUGGAUUCGGGGCUCUUUCUGAUAGGAUUGGGCGUUUACCAACUUUGAUGUUAUCAGCAUUGUGCAUGGCGAUUCCAGGAACAGCCUGUGCCUUCUCACCAAAUAUCCAAGCCUACUCCAUAUUAAGGGUAUUUAUAGGUGCUUCACACAUGGGAAUGUUCAUGGUGUCCUUCGUUUUAGCAACCGAACUCGUUGGACCCUCAAAGCGAGUGUUCGCCGGAGGUGUGAUAGAAUUUUACUUCAGUUUUGGAUAUAUGCUAUUAGCUUUUCUGGCAUACUUUAUCAGAUACUG